UCAAACCGCUGCGAUUGUGAGCGAGAGGAAAAAAACGACCGGAAGUUUACAAACAUCCACCACGCAAUCUAACGUUUAGCUAACACUUUUGUCUUAUUUUGAUCGACCGUCAGUAAACUUCUGUUACCACGAGCCAAGAGAAACGAUGGUUUGUGAAAAGUGCGAGAAGAAGCUUGGUAAGGUCAUCACCCCUGACACCUGGAAGGAUGGAGCGCGGAAUACAACAGAGAGUGGCGGGCGUAGGCUUAAUGAAAACAAGAUGCUGACGUCAAAGAAGGCCAGGUUCGACCCUUACAGCAAGACCGGCUUCGCCACCUGCAGGAUCUGCAAGAGCUCAGUUCAUCAGUCUGGAUCACACUACUGCCAGGGCUGUGCAUACAAGAAAGGGAUCUGUGCAAUGUGUGGAAAGAAGGUGUUGGACACCAAGAAUUACAAACAGACAUCUGUGUGACAGCGCGACGACGAGAUAACAAUUCUACAAGUGAAGAACAGACGUGAGGAUGAGACAGAGGUUGUACAUAUGUCAUCUUUUGGUGGUUUUCCAUAAAUCCCCAUCAUGGGCGGCUGUAACUUUCCUGUUAAUCUCCCUGCCUCAGUGAAAUAUUUGAAGGUGGCUUUUUCCUCUUAUUAUGGAAUAAUUCAUUAUGCUGCUGGAACUAAUACAGUGGCCAUACACAGGGUAAUCUCCAAAUACACCACCAGUUAUCAUGUGUUUCUUGAGCCCAGGCUUCUUCUUUUUUUGUUGUUGUAUAUUGUAAAUUGAAUUCUUUGACUUGGAUUCUUAGCUUUUUUUUAAAUUAUUCAUUUCUCAUGUAAUAUAUUUUGCCUUUUUGAAUGAAUUAAAGAAUCCUGUAGGAUGAUAUCAUUUAAAGGGUAUAAUUUUAGCCGCUUACGCACAAAACCUACCCAUAUUUGUCCUGUAUGCCUGUCAUAAUUGGUUUACCCCUGACAUAAUCCUGUUUAGUAACUGCUUGCUGCACUGUCAGGUGCCCCCCCAGCCCCUCCCUUCCCUUCCACAUGCCGUCAGAGGUUACAGUUGACAGGCCGGUCUGAUGACAGUCUCCUGGUUUGACAUUUAAAGGCCUCGCUCGCCCUCGGGCCUUUUCAACCACGUGUCCAACCUUGUUUUUUUUCGUUUUUUUUGUAAUGUUAUAUUGAUUUAUGCUGCUGUUUCACAGCACAAAACGGCAUCAGGCUUCAGCUAAUUUGCAGGCAAUGUGCUGCUGGUGAUGUUUGAAUGUCGUAAAUGUAAAUGAGUCUGAACUUUAAGCCGCUUUAAAAGAGUAGAACAAAUAAAAAUACACUUAAAAGUGACUAAACUAA